GCCGUCACGCACUGCCACAAGCAGUCCACCACUCACCUCUCUUGCUUGCCGCCGGCGACCAUGGCGGACGCCGCGAGAGGAGCAACGGCGCCGCCUCCCGGCGGCAGCCUCCCAGACGAGAUCACCAUCUGGGAGAUCCUCGUCCGUCUGCCCCCCAAAUCGCUCCUCCGCUGCCGCGCCGUCUGCCGCGCAUGGCGCAGCGCCACCUCCACCCGCCAAUUCCUCCUCGCCCACCACGCCCUCCAGCCCGCCCUCCCCCUCCUCUACGGCUACAACUUCGUCGGCGACGAGGUCGAGUCCCUCGACAUCAUCCCCUUCCACCAGCGGGCAGGCGCCGACCAGCCCCAGCUCCAGCUCCACCCCGUCGCGCGGCUUGAGCAAGACUCCGACUUCCACCAUCUGGAGGCCUGCUGCGACGGCCUCCUGGUCCUCUCCUUCCGCCACACCAGCGUCCGUGACUGGCGCUUCGCCGUCUGCAACCCCUCUACUCGUCAGUACGCGCCCCUCCCGUUGCCUUAUGGCUGUAACAUCGAGUACUCGCUCCUCGGGAUGUACCGGCACAUCCCCACCGGCGACUACCGACUGUUGAUGUACCGGGACUCAGUAUUGAUGCCUCAUGAACUGGUACCUGACCCCCCUGAAGACGGCUCCUACAUCUUCACGUUAGGCUCGGGCCAGCCACCGAGGUACAUAGGGUUCCCCGAUGCGCAGGUGCUGACAUACACCUUUGGAUCUCUCCUGUUUCGUGGCUGCCUGCAUUGGCACCCACCAGGCAGCACGAUAACGGUGUUCGACACCACUACUGAGUUGUUCUGGCAGAUGCGUGCUCCGGUUGUUACUGGCCAUGCUAAGUUGUUUCAGAUGGAUGGAAUGCUUGGCAUGCCCGGCUUUAAUGAUGCUGCGACAGCCAUUGAUAUCUGGGUGGCGCAGGACUAUGAGAGGGAGGUCUGGGCCUGCAAAUACCGGGUAGACUUCUCAUUUGCAGACCUCACUCUGCAGUUUGGCAAGUUGGACGAAAGUUCUUGGGUGGUGGCUGUGCCUUGGGAUGGUGACGUGCUCCUACUGAUCAAUUUUGGUGAGCGGCUACUUCAGGUUGACAUUGAGGGCAAGUUGGUCGCUACUUCCCAUCGCAGAGGCCUCGGUCCUGCAAAUCUUUGGCUCAAGCAAACUCUUGUUCAACAUACCUUCUUUCCAACACUCGAGGGUUAUGUUGCCAACUCUGCACCUUUCAUCUGACGGAUGUUAUAUCAAGUGGUGAUUCUAGCCCAACUUUCAGUAUCCUCAUGAGCUGCAGUGUGUAUGAAUUCGGUCCACUAUGAGCCAGCUAGUUUCAUUUUGAUGCAUAGACAAGUUAUGAUCAACAAGCUUGACUGUUUCAUGG